AGCAAAUUUAAGUUAUUGCAAAUUUCUUUGGAAAUUGAAUUCUAAGCUGAACUGUUUUGCAUACAUUUUUAACAGUUACAACGCAAAUAGAGAGAAAACAAUUUUCUACGUACUUAAUAUAUGUAAGGAACAUUAACUGCCUUAUUGGACCGUGUACAGUGGUUGGAGUCUGCUAGUAGCAGAAAGUUAACAUAUAUUACAACAAAAACAUUGAAAGAUAUCUCAACUACUGACAACAAUUUGAACUGAAUGGCGAUACAAAUUGUACAAAUAUCUCAUUUAUAUCUUUUGAACGCGUCACGGAUUAUAGUGAUUGAGAAAUUGCCAUGCCUGCUUCUUCAUUGUGUGAUGCACACAUAAAUUCAUCCGACAAGUCCUUAAAUCUGGAUGACUGGGUUACAAGUGGAAAACUUGGUUCUCGUGAAGCAGUAUUAGUUUUCCGCACUAACAUACUUAAUCCAAAGACUAGAAAAAUGCUAUUAGAAACAACGCACGUACAAGUGGAUCGAAAAAAGGGGGAUGGUCAAGCAUGCUCCACUCCGAACGAGAUGGGUCCUAAAGGAGAUCUAUCCCCAACAAUUGGCAAAACACCACAAAAUAAUCCAACUCAUGGGAAACUAUACGUGUCUGUUAACAAGCUGACAAAGUUCAAUAAUGUUGAUAAUUUUGCAACGAAAUCGCAUGAUUCAUUUUCUUCAUGUGAAGAAGUAUCAAGUGAUGGCGAUGAAACGCAAUAUAAUGAAUCAAAGUCAAGAGCAAAGCAUCAUAAGAAUAAUAAUCUCUUCAUGGCAGAAAUUGAAGAUAAUUUAGCAAAGGAAAGUGGACAUGAUUCCAUUACUGCGUCUCAGUCAAAUUUAGGAAUAAAUACUAGUGAAGAAGAUCAAGAGGAGGCGUCCAGCGAGGAAGACAACGAAUGCGGAAUAAAUAUGCCGGCACAUCAGUUGCAAAUAACAUAUAAAUUUAUCCAAACUGAAACCAAAUUGUUAAGGAAAAUUUUUAAUGUUCACGGAUUAACUGAAGUUCAGGGUGAAUCAAACUUUAACUUGCUAUGGACUGGUGUUCAUAUGAAACUUGAUACAUUACGGAACUUAUCGCUGUAUCAACGAGUUAACCAUUUUCCGCGGUCUUAUGAACUGACACGAAAGGAUCGACUUUACAAGAAUAUUGAACGAAUGCAACAUCUGCGCGGAAUGAAACAUUUUGACAUUGUGCCACAGUCUUUUAUUCUUCCACUAGAAUCGCGAGACUUAAUAUUUGCCCAUAAUAAACAUCGUGGACCUUGGAUUGUUAAACCGGCAGCAUCUAGCAGAGGACGUGGUAUUUUUAUUGUGAAUUCGCCAGACCAGAUACCACAGGAUGAGCAAGUUUUAGUAUCCAAAUAUAUCGUUGACCCACUUUGUAUUGAUGGUCAUAAGUGCGAUUUGAGAGUGUAUGUAUUGGUCACAUCUUUUGAUCCACUUAUCAUUUAUCUGUACGAGGAGGGUAUCGUCAGACUGGCAACUGUUAGGUACGACAGAAACGCCGAUAAUUUAUGGAAUCCUUGUAUGCACCUUUGUAACUAUAGCAUCAACAAAUAUCAUUCUGAUUAUAUAAGAUCAUCGGAUGCCCACGAUGAGGAUGUAGGUCAUAAAUGGACGCUGUCAGCUCUCUUAAGACAUCUGAAACUUCAGGGAUGCGACACUCAUUUACUAAUGCUAAACAUCGAAGAUGUUAUAAUUAAGGCUGUCCUUGCAUGUGCGCAAACAAUUAUUUCCGCGUGCAGAAUGUUCGUACCUAACGUUAACAACUGCUUUGAGCUUUAUGGUUUCGAUAUACUAAUUGAUAAUACGCUUAAGCCAUGGUUACUCGAAGUUAACCUGUCGCCUUCAAUGGGUGUAGACAGUCCACUGGACACUAAAGUAAAGGCAUGUCUUGUCACAGAUUUGCUUACCUGUGUUGGUAUCCCCGCUCUAAGUCCGGAAAUGAGAUCUCAUUACGAUAGUAAAACCACACGACUUCGUAGCUCUAGCUGCCAAAGACAAACAGAUACAACAGAAUCGAACACAUCUACACAUCGAUCGACAAAAAUAAAAAAGAAGAGUUUGGGUUUAGCUCCAUUGACACAAGAAGAUCAACGCAUAUUGCGUAGUGCUCGAUUGCAAUACACCAGGCGUGGAGGUUUUGUUCGCGUCUUUCCCACGGACGAUUCAAUGCAGCGAUACGGACACUUUUUAGACUCAGCAAAUGGAAUCCCAAUAUCAACACCAACUGUCCAAGGUCAAACAUUCCAAACGUUAGUCACGCAACACAAUUACAACCAAAUGUUGCAUUCAAAUUUAUACUGCCCUGGCUCGCGAUGCAUUAAAGACGAUAAUUGUCAAGAAAGUCGUAUAAGACAGUACGAGCGAGCCUUGGAAACGGACUCGGAGAUUCCAUUUCUAAAGAAGCAAAUUGUUGAGAAGUGCGAAGAAGAAGGACGAAGGCUUCGCAAGCAGAUGCUAAAGAAAAUUGGAAGUGGUUCGACAUUAACUCACUUUCAAGCACGGCAGACAUUUUGUUUAUAUUUAGAGUCAGUUCUACGACGAUUGACCCAAGAACCCAAAGACAGUCACGAAAAGAUUAUACUCAAGUUUUUAAAUAAGUAUGGUGGGGGGGUAAAACCCCCAAUAUUGUUUCGCAACACGCAAAACGUAAGCAAAGCUCGUUCGGCAAUGGUGGCUAAAUUGUUGGGAGAUUUUCUGGAAAUUUACAAAAGAGAUACAGAGUCGUAUGUAGAUUCGUUUGACCAUUUUGGAAUGAUUCCAACCAGUGCCUAUAGUUUAUUUUUAAUGCACGCUCAAGAGUCUGAUUUGGAGGCAGUGCUAACUCACCACACAAAUAUUACCGGAAUAAUGCCAUUUUUGUAUAAUCGAAUUGGAUUUUCAGUGCCACCAACGCCUCCUAUUCCGUCCGGGUUACAUGGUUUUUUAAGAGCUUUACCAGCGAUGGUGUCAACUUCUGGAGUUGUAAGAGAUGUUAGCAAAUAUGAUGGAUAUUUUAAGAACUGCGAUAAGAAUUAUGAAAAUGUUCAAGAUAUUUCAUUAAGGUCAAGGAGCACAAGAGGUUCUAAAUAAUUAGGAAAAUUUUUUACAAUUUAGCUACAUAAAAUAUUUUUACUACAAUCUCUUUAUUAAAAUCUUUUUCGAUUUCCAAAUUACUUGCAUUCAGGCUGGACGUAUAAAUAAAGUUCAACAAAAAAACUUGA